CGGGGUCCUGGGCCUGGGUUAGAGACGGCUGAAGGGCACAGGGCCAGGGCCAAGGGCUCAGGCUGCAUAUAGGUUCAGAUUCAGAGCCUGGCGGCUGUGGCUGGUGGGGGUGCCCAACGUGUGUCUCAACAUGGGCCUGGAGCUCUAUCUGGACCUGCUGUCAGCAUCCUGCCGUGCUGUCUAUAUCUUCGCCAGGAAGAAUAGCAUCCCCUUCGACUUCCAGUUUGUGGAUCUGUUAAAGGGUCACCACCACAGCAAGGAAUACAGAGAGAUCAACCCCCUGAAGAAGCUACCCAGCCUCAAAGAUGGAAAAUUUAUCUUAUCUGAAAGUGUGGCCAUCCUUUUCUACCUGUGCCGCAAGUACAGCACACCUUCGCACUGGUACCCACCAGACCUGCACACACGCGCCCGCGUGGAUGAGUUCAUGGCCUGGCAGCACACUGCCAUUCAGCUGCCCAUGAGCAAGAUCCUCUGGAUCAAGACAAGGAGGCUGAAGACGGGAGGGUCAGAUGGGACUAGAGUGCAGCCUUCUCUUCCUCCCCUUCCCCACCCUGGCCAGUUGCAUCCAAUGAUCACAGGUGAGGAGGUUCCAGCUGAGAAGACAGAGCAGAUGCUGGUAGAGGCGAAGAACAACAUGCAGCUCUUUGAGGACAAGUUUCUGCAGGACAAGAUGUUCAUCACUGGGGACCACAUCUCACUGGCCGACCUGGUGGCCCUGGUGGAGAUGAUGCAGCCCAUGGGAAGCAAGUAUAACGUCUUCGUCAAUAACUCCAAGGUAGCUGAAUGGCGCAUGAGGGUGGAGCUGGCUAUUGGCUCUGGCCUCUUCUGGGAGGCCCAUGACCGGCUGAUGAAAUUGGCAGAGUGGGACUGUUCAACGUUGGAUCCAAUGGUCAAGGAGAAGAUCUGCGAGUUGCUGCAGAAGUUCAAGUAGAAGCCGCCCAUCCUGCAGGGCCUGGCUGGCUCAACCUUUUUGAGGUUCCUUCCUUAGAGGCGAUGUUGCAAACAACUCCAGUUCUCUGCUUAAUAAAGUACUAUAACAACCACCAAGGCUGCUGAGCCCGGGACAGGGGCUGUGAGCACAGGGUAUGCAUGGUGUGGGAGAGGGUAGUGGUCAUGGGUCUUCCCAGGUUCCAAAAAGAGUUUAAAAACUAAAAGUUAAAUAUGAUUAAGGGUGCCCUGCUGGCUCAGUUGGUAGAGCAUGCAACUCUUGAUCUCAGGGUCGUGAGUUUGAGCCCCAAUUGGGCAUAAAGCUUCCUUAAAAAAAAUCAGCUGGGGGUGCUUUGGUGGCUCAGUC